GUGACCCGAGCAAGAUUGAGCACUUGAAAGCACUUGAAGGAGCUAAUGAAAGGCUUAAAUUAUUCCAAGCUGACUUACUCGAAAUGGCGUAUUUCACUCUGCAUCCCCUGUUAUGUUGGGUGAUAUUGUCGACCCACAGGUGGGUCGACUCGACUCUAAUUCGAAUCAUUAAGGAGCUUAUAGACCCUGCAGUGAAGGGAACUCUUAACGUUCUUAGUUCGUGUCUCAAGGCGCCGACCGUCAAACGAGUGGUGUUAACAUCAUCGAUGGCUUCUGUUAUGGUUGACCGAAAACCGAAAACUAGCGAGACUUUGGUUGAUGAAACUUAUUUUUCCGAUCCUGAAUUUGUCGAGGAACUUAAGCAAUGGUACAUUCUCUCCAAAACACUGGCGGAAAAAGCUGCGAUUGAGUUUGCAGACCAAAAUGGUAUCGACUUGUUAGUGAUGAAUCCUGGCUUGGUGAUGGGUCCUCUCUUGCAGCCAACUCUAAAUCUUACCACCCAAGCUUUUAUCGACCUUAUAAGAGAAGGGAAGAGCAUGACAACGCCGAGUGGCAUUUUCUUGUUUGUUGAUGUCAGGGAUGUCGCGAAAGCACAUGUGCUAGCUUUUGAGAAUCCUUCGUCUAACGGUAGAUACUGUCUUGUUGCAAAUGUAGUUUAUAACUCGGAAAUUUUGGAUGUCUUACAUGAACUCUACCCGACCCUCGAUCUACCCAAGAGUUCACAAGUGGAUCAACGGGAUAUUCAACGGUUUCAAGUUUCGCGUGCGAAAGCAGAAUCAUUGGGUAUCAAUUUUAUAUCUCUUGAGCAGAGCCUGAAAGAUACCAUUGAAAGUUUGAAGGAGAGGAAGUUGAUAGAAUGUUUAAAUUGCGCGAGUGAAUCUAAAAUAUAA